AUUUCCGCUAUAGAGGAAUAGUAGCGAUCUGCUCGCGGUCGCAGAGCCGAUCGAAUCGAAGACAUCAAAAACUUCUCUAAUAACUUUCACAGUCUAGAUCUCUCAAUAACAAUGGCUCCUCCUGGUGCUCCCCGAUCCGGUGAUGCAAUCUUCGCUAGUGUUGAGCGCGUGAAUGCGGAGCUGUUUACAUUAACCUAUGGGGCGAUUGUGCGUCAAUUGCUUACGGAUCUGGAGGAGGUUGAAGAAGUCAACAAACAGCUAGAUCAAAUGGGUUAUAACAUUGGAAUUCGACUGGUUGAUGAGUUUCUGGCAAAAUCUAAUGUCACCAGAUGUGUGGACUUCAGGGAGACAGCUGAAGUAAUUGCAAAGCACAUGGCUGUUAUACAGGUGGGUUUCAAAAUGUUCCUAGGGGUUAGUGCAUCUGUGACCAAUUGGGAUGCUGAUGGGACAUGUUGUAGUAUCAUUUUGGAGGAUAAUCCCUUGGUAGACUUUGUUGAGCUUCCUGACACAUGUCAAGGGCUAUACUACUGCAACAUUUUAAGUGGAGUCAUUAGAGGGGCAUUGGAGAUGGUGUCAAUGAAGACAGAAGUGACAUGGGCUCGUGAUAUGCUUCGAGGUGAUGAUGCGUUUGAGUUGCAGGUGAAACUUCUAAAGCAAGUCCCAGAAGAGUACCCAUACAAGGAUGAUGAGUGACAACUUGUGUUACCCUUUCAUGUGUCUUGUAUACAGUUAAUUACUUUCUAUCUACACCUAAAGCAUAGAAUAUUUACAUCAUGUUUUCUUUGAAUAUGUGAUUCACAAGAGGUUUGAAUUGAUUUAACUUAAUAGUUAGUAGUUGUAUCAUUUUUUAUGAGUAUGAUUGAGGACAUGCAUAGUA